GGUGAGACCGCAUCCCCGGAAGGACGUUUUCUAAUCUAGCAGGGUGCGCACAUUGUCCAAAGCUCCACUUAAACCGCGUCCGCUCCAAGCAUGCUGCAGCUCAACGACACGAUGGAGCCGGAGAGCCCGGGCGCCGCGGUCCUCCACCCCGCAGACACCGAGGAGGGGGUCGAGGUCGCCUUCACGCCGCCGGAGGCCGGACGGAGCCUCGGACACGGAGCCGCCGUGGCCUGCUGCCCCCCGCUGCAAACGCUGACGCCCUUCCAUGUGCACAACCCCACGAUGCAGGCGAAAGUGAAGGACUACUUCGUGUUCAGGCCAGGUACCAUUGAGCAGGCUGUGAGCGACAUCAGGACUGUGGCCCUUCCAUCUGAGGAUGGAGAGGUGCUCAGCGUCUGGCUGCUGGCAGAAGUGGACCACUGGAACAACGAGAAGGAGCGACUCGUGCUGAUAACCGAUAGGUCCCUGCUGGUGUGCAAGUACGACUUCAUCAACCUGUUGUGUCAGCAAGUUGUCAGGAUCUCUCUCAACGCCGUAGACACCAUCUCAGUGGGCGAGUUUGAGUUUCCACCCAAAUCCCUCAACAAAAGGGAGGGCUAUGGGAUUCGUGUCCAGUGGGACAAACGUCCUCGUGCUUCGUUCCUGAACCGCUGGAACCCCUGGUCCACAGACAUGCCCUACGCCACCUUCACAGAGCAUCCCAUGUCCCACGCUGAUGAGAAGGUGGCCUCUCUCUGCCAGAUGGACAACUUCAGAACCCAGCUGGUGCAGGCGGUGAAGAAAGCCCAUAAAGAGCAUCCCAUCCCCGGUCGGGCUAACGGCGUCCUGAUCCUGGAGAGACCCCUGCUCAUCGAGACCUAUCUGGGCAUUAUGUCCUUCAUCAACAAUGAAGCCAAGUUGGGCUACUCCAUGACGCGCGGCAAGAUCGGCUUCUAAAUUUUUCUCAGUUUGUCCAAAAUUACAACCCAUGUGUCUGUGUUACAGUGCACUGUCUGAGGGAAGCUGCAGUGUGAUGUGCAACCUGUCUGUCUGUGUAAGUUGAGCCCAUGAGACGUCCACACCUCCGUAAGUCGGUGUCAUAGACAAGUGGUCAGCCUGCUGUAGGUCAAUGAUGGCGCAGCGCUGCAUGGACCGUCUACCCAAUUGGUUUUUUUUGUGCCCCCAGUUGCUUUCCAUCAAAGAGCUGCACACAGAUCUGCACCCAGGUAGGCCUUCAGGAGCGUACGCCGAUCUGACCUACGCUGGAGAUGAAGGACAAGCACUUUUAGAUCGAGCUUCUCGUAGUCUCAUGCUUCUUGUUUAACCAUUGAAUGGCAGACUGUCAAAACGAACGUGACAUUUAGAUUUUGACAGAAGAACGCUCUCAUUUGGGUUAAGUAUGUGCUUUUGUUUGGGCUUUUUUCUGCAGCCGCCGUGAGGUGAAACUAUAACAUUAGCCAAGAAUAUGUUCCGUAUUUGCUACAUGACUUGGUUUGAAAUGAAGGAUAUCAUUAUUCAGAUCAUAAAGCCAUAGGGUAGCGUCUUGGAAUGGAAAAGCAGCAGACAGAUGGAGCUUAACAGUCAUGUCACGUGAUUAUUGUAAUAAAUGUUACAAUAGGAGAACUGGGAUGGAAGAGGAUAGGAUUUGUACUGCUGCUGUGCUGCAAAGCUCUGGGCUCAGCUUUGUUACCUUUACAGGUGGAAUACAUUUAUCAGCAUCCAUGAAACUUGUUUAGUGGAAAUGCUAAAUUACAUGUUGAGAUCCUCUCUGUCUAUUUGGCCAAUGUUUCGUUCUCCGUGUCUAUAUUUAUACUUAUGACUUUACUCAGAGUAGUGAGCUGCUGUACCACUUGCAGAGCUGCAUUAGCUCCCAUAGCAGAACUGUAUGUCUCAGAUGUUUUAUGCAAUGUGAACAUGUAAACCACGUCUUUACGUUUGUAAAUUGCCUUAAUUGUACUGCAACUUUCGUUUGUUUUACGCAUACAUUUGCACUCAGCUUUGCAUUGGUUCGCUAACCAUAUGUAUACUGUUAAUAGGAUUUAGGCGGUUUUGCUCCCAAAGCUGCACCCUACAAUACAUUAUUGUCCAACCAAAGGUUACACACCACAUGUCCACGCUCAACGAUGCCAACAAAUUGUGUCCCAAAACCCCCUUUUUUCUGCUCUUACUUGUGCAUGUUCUCUGCACGUUAAGUUUGCAUGACCGAUGUUUUUAAAAAGAAUAUCCUAAGUGAAUUUGUAAAUACUGAUCGUUUUAUUUAUCUGCAGUUAUUUUGAUGCAAUUAACUCAUAAAUGCUUCUAGAAAAGGAAUAUUUCCUCUCGCCAGUUCUGGAAUAUUUUAUUUAGAGAGAUCAGUGUGUUAUUGGAAACAUGUGGAGACUUGACUUUAUGUUCUAAAUAUUUGUAGCACAGUAGCCACAUUGGAAAACAAUAAAUUCCUACAUGUCUUUUUGUCAGGGCUGCACUUCUCACAGAUCGUUGAUACAGAAGUGCAUUUGGAUUACACUCGUACUGUCAAGGAAGGUACAGUUCAAACGGCUGUACAAUUCAGGCUUUUAACAGUUGGGCUAGCAUACAGACGGAUGAUGCCUUGAGGCCAACAGACAUGGUCCUGAUCUAUUUGAUACUGCCUGUUAAUAUAUUGUUUGGAUUCUUACUGAGACUUCUGUUUUGCCAUAGCAGGUAACGACUUACAUUGUACAGGUAAUGAUGCAGCAUUUGCAGGUGAAAGGUGAUGCAACUCGUGUCAUGAAGAGCUGCUUUAAAAUUUACCAUUGAAAAA